UCGCUACGGCUUAUUGUGGACAAGUUAACUGUGUCAGGGAAGCACGUUUUGUCAGUUUUCAACAAGCUUUUCCGUAUGAAAGAAAAGUUUUAUCUAAAUUCUCAUAGUUGACUGAACUGUUGACAGAUUUUAAAGGUGAAGCUGAGCCCAGAGCAACAUUUACAGCUAAUCUUAGAAAAAUGUGUGGAAAUAAAGCAAUCUGAAGGAAAUUCAAGACCAAAAAAUUUGCUGGCUGAAAUAUAUUGUAUUUUUCAUACCAAUAAUAAGAGUGUUUGGAGAAAGACCUUUUAUUCUGCUAAAUCAUGUUGGAGGCAGAAGACCAGCAGCAAUGGAAGAGAACCUUUUACUCAGAAUUACCUAAAGUGGAACUUCAUGCCCACUUGAAUGGAUCCAUCAGUUCUAAUACAAUGAAGAAAUUAAUAGCUAAGAAACCAGGUCUUAAAAUUCAUGAUCAAAUGACUAUGAUUGAUAAGGGAAAGAAAAGAACUUUAGAAGAAUGUUUCCAGAUGUUUCAGAUUAUUCAUCAGCUUACUACUAGCCCUGAAGAUAUUUUAAUGGUCACAAAAGAUGUCAUUAAAGAAUUUGCAGAUGAUGGCAUCAAGUACCUGGAACUAAGGAGCACACCUAGAGUAGAAAAUACUACAGGAAUGACUAAAAAAACUUAUGUGGAAUCUGUACUUGAGGGUAUAAAACAGUCUAAACAAGACUUAGACAUUGAUGUUAGAUAUUUGAUAUCAGUUGACAGAAGAGGUGGCCCUUCAGUAGCCAAGGAGACUGUUAAACUUGCUCAAGAAUUCUUCCUUUCUACUGAAGAUACAGUUCUUGGUCUUGACCUCAGUGGAGACCCUACGGCAGGACAAGCAAAAGAUUUCUUGGAACCUCUUUUAGAAGCAAAAAAAGCAGGUCUGAAGCUGGCAUUGCAUCUUUCAGAGAUUCCAAACCCCCAAAAAGAAACACAAGUACUCCUGGAUUUGAUUCCUGACAGAAUCGGGCAUGGAACAUUUCUCAACAACUCUGAGGGCGGAUCCCUGGAUCUGGUGGACUUUGUAAGGCAACACCAGAUACCGCUGGAACUCUGCUUGACCUCAAACAUCAAAAGUCAGACAGUUCCAUCUUACGACCAGCAUCAUUUUGGAUUCUGGUACAGCAUUGCCCAUCCUUCUGUGAUCUGUACCGAUGAUAAGGGUGUUUUUGCAACACACCUUUCCCAAGAGUACCAGCUGGCAGCUGAAAAAUUUAAUUUGACCCCGUCGCAGGUAUGGGACCUGUCUUAUGAAUCCAUCAACUACAUCUUUGCUUCUGAGAGUACCAGGUCUGAACUGAAGAGCAAGUGGAAUCACCUGAAGCCUAAAGUGUUACAUUUUUAAGUUGUAAUGAAGUUAAUUACUUUUUAGUAUGUGUUGCAAGCAAGAUCUUCUUGCCAUAUUCUUCUUAGUAAACCAUUCACCUCUCCCUUUGAGGAAUAGUAGCCAAUUAGCAUGGGCUCCAUCACCAGUACCUUACUCAUGGUGGGUGCUCAGUAAAUGUUUUAAAUUGACUAACAGACUCCAAGGUCUUACGUAGCUUAUCUAUAUGCUGCUUACUAGAAGGGACAUGAAUGUUGCUGCUAACUAAAUUCCCCAUUCCACCAUUGAUUUUUACUUGCCCUUCUGCAUUAGUGAUCAUAAAACUUCAGGAAAUUCAAAGUAGUUUUUCAUCAGGAAAAGUUUUGGAAUUACCAGUUUAAAUAAGAUGAGGAAAGGGGGAAAACAGAUUGCCUCUAAAACCUUCAAGCUUUCCAGCUUCUGACAACAGUUCUGUAUUUUGUUGUGCUUACUGUAAUCAGACUCUCUUAAGUAUUCCCCAAAAUUGUUGACUCAUGGCUAUACUGCAUGCCAUGGGCUUUUGUGAGUAGCCAGUAGUCAGUGUUCAUCUACUUUAGGAAACUCGAGUGACAGAUAAAGCUAGCUGCUGAGAUCUGGCUUUCUCCUUCUUAUGAUUAAUUCCUCUGGAAUCAAGUUUCCAGUUUUUUUAAUGUGUCUACCUUAUCUUUUCUAUUCUCUUACUUUGACUGUAUGGAGCUAUGCCGGCCAGAUGCUUCUUGAGCUCUAGGGUACUUUAGGCCUCUAUUUCCAGCCUUUAUUAUUUUUUGUCACCCCUUCCCUUGACCUCACUCUAUCCCCACUCCAUAUUUCCAUCCUGACUUCCAGGAGUUCCAAAGUUUUGUUUCUGAAAAAGCCCAUGAGGGAUAUAGAAGGAAUUUAAACUAACUAAACUAUCUCCAUAUAACAUGUUAUUUUAAGCACCAUGAUGUCAGAGAAUGCUCAGUAACACUAUACAUCAAAACUUUGAGACAUGUAUCUCACUGCAUAGCUAUUUGAAUAUAUAUGAAUAAAGUUUUCAUUUUAUAUUUUGAAUUGAA